UAAAAAGUGUCAAUUUAUUUGUAAAAUCUAAUACACGUUAAUAAAAUACAGUUAUUACCAUCAUUACAGUUUAUCAUAAUAAAAUGUUAAAUUCUUGAGUUAAAUGACACCAAGUUAGCUUUAUCGCCAGUACAUUUAAAGCUUAUUGUGUUCGUUGUUAACCAAAAAUGGCAAGGUCGCCAAAGGAUGAUCCAAGAUACACUGAAAUGCAGCAUAACGCAUGGAAUUAUCAUGCUGAAAACUCUGCAAAUCGUUCCACGCCUGGUUUAAACCAACCAACAAUCGUUCCAAAUCCACAUGUAAUGAAUGACGACAUGUAUGUGAAUGCUAGUUUCGCUAAUGAUGUUUAUUUGAAUAAGCACGCUUACAGCCCGCAGACAGCCGCUGCGGCUCCGGUAGAAGACAAGAUUUUCAACAAUAUACCUAAUAUACCUCGCAACCAAAACUACGGAAAUGCAAUGUUGAAUUUGGGUAAUGGUCAAAUGGUUAGAGUGUAUUAUGAUGAAAACAACAAACAGUUGAUAUUUCCUGUAUCCGGUCAGUAUGAGUUGUUCAACCACAAUCAAGGUAUCUGUGACACACAACAGUCGCAGCCGCACCUUUUUACACUUAAUCAAGAUUAUUCGGUCCGCAACAAUAUGCAAGGAACACCUACAGCAUUAAACCAAAACAUUGCAUUUCAAGAAAAUAUAAAUGCCCAGCCUACGUCUAAUUUCUUAAAAGAUUUAUUGGGUAAUUUAGAGCCAAACUCUACAGGCACAUACUCCCCAUUUGGCCAGAACUAUCCUUUGAAUCACCCAGAUGCUUCCCAUUUAAAUAUACCAUCGAAUCCUAUUAUUGAAUCUAAAAGCACAAUUAUAAAACCCGAGUCUCCAAAAAGGAAUGAGAACAGUCCCCUAGCUGACACAAGUAACAAAAAACGAAUUAUUGCUGAAGUAAAGCCAAUGCGACCUUCAUAUUCUGAUGUGCUGGCUAAGAACACCAAAAAUGUCAACACCAUUGAUACAAACCGUAAAAUUAAAUCUCAAACUCCUGAAACAAAACCAACUAACAUCAAAACAAAUGCAAAACAUGAGAAGCCAGUGUAUAGUGGUAAACAAUAUGAAGAUAAUAAGCCAAAAACAGACAAAAAACAAACUACAACAUUAUCUUCAGGCAGUGAGUCUGGUGACCACAACACUGAUGACAAUGAAAAGCAACAACGCUCCAACAAAAAAACUAAAAAUAAACGCAAUUCACUAUCCCGAAAAUGGUCUUCACUUGAAGACUUUACAAAUGAAGAAGAAAUUACCUACACGUGUAACAAUGAGAGCCAGUUUGUGUUCAUAGAAGAUCAAGAUAAGCCAAUGAAAAAAGAAAAAAAAAGUGAUCAUACCAAAAUCAAACAAAACAAACUUAACUUUCUGGAUGAUGAUUUGAAUCUUGAUGAUGAUUUUGAAAGUUCAGAAUUUGUUCUCCAGGAGGAACAAAUGAAUGAAGCUGUCAAGACAAAGAAAAAAAAAGACCGUAGCUAUCAUAAAAUCCCUAAGCCCACCCAGGACAAAAAGAAGGGGAAUCAAUGUAAGUCCAGGAGGAAUAAACCAGGAUAUUUAGGACUGGCUCAAAAUUAUUUAGAACAUUGGGGUGAAGCAACAUGGAAGGCUCUCAUAUGGUUUAUCUAUUUGCUCUCCGAUAUUUGUCGCAUGAGUCUUCAUUUGUCCUUUGACUUAUGUACUUCUGUAUUCACACAAACAUAUGUGAGCUCCCAAGCAGUGUGGCGCAGCAGCAAGGAAUGGCUUUCGAAGAUUGGAGACAAUAAAUACCUAUCGUAUAUAGACAGAAAACUAGGACACACAUGGUUUGGUUUUUGGAGAAAAAUGAAAUGGUUCAAAAAAGAAACAGAAGCGGAAAAUGGAAAUGACUCGACAAAAUUAAAUGCCAACAUACCAUUGCCCGCCACUGGUGAGGAAGCCAUGAAACGACUGCUCGCAUGCAAAGGGAAAGAUCCUUACAGUAUUCUCGGCGUAAGCGUGGACUGUUCGGAUGAAGAUAUAAAACGUUACUAUCGGCGUCAGGCGUUCCUUGUUCAUCCGGACAAAAACCAGCAACCGGGGGCUGAAGAGGCCUUCAAAAUACUGCAGCAUGCCUUUGAUCUCAUCGGAGAACCCGAGCGUCGGGAGGCGUACGGGCGGCGCGCCGCGGAGACGCUGCACGCGGAGGCCGCCUGGGCCGAGCUCAACGCGCUGCUCGCACAGCUGCACCACAAGAUGGAGUUCGCAGCCAACACUAUACGCUGCACGAACUGCGGGCGGCGCCACAAGCGCGUGCAGACGGACCGGCCGUGCUACGCGGCGCGAUACUGCGCACAGUGCAAGAUACGACACUCCGCCAAAGAGGGUGACAUCUGGGCGGAGUCUAGUCUGAUGGGUCUCCUGGUGAUGUACUACGCUUGCAUGGACGGAGCCGUUUACCAGAUAACCCAGUGGGCUAGCUGUCAGAAGAAGAACCUGAGGCAGCUGCGUCCGGACUGCCACGUGGUGCAGUACCGCAUCGUGCUCGGGAACAAGGCCGCCGCCGCCGCCGCCACCGCUGACAACCACGAACCGAAUCUAGAAGAGUUCCUGAACAGCUUGUACGGCAAGUCCGGCGCGCCGCCCCCCGCCGGGGCCCGCCCGCCCGCAGACUCCGCCGACGCCAAGAAACGACGCAAUAAAAAACCUAAAAUCUAACCCGAACAAAUUUGAGUGCCCUCCACAAUAUUGAAGUAAAACCUCCAUUGACACUGGCCAGAUACAUAAAUUAUUAUAUUUUGGAAUUUACGAUAAAAAAUAUUUAAAAAACAAAAUAAUUCUGGACGCUUAGGGUUAGAAUGCCUUGUUGGCAGUUUAUCAUUGAGAUUGCAGAUUUAAGAGAUUUCUAUGUGAGAUUGACAUCGGAACUAGCUAUGUUGCUAGCAGAACUAAUGCCUAAAUCAAUUUGUGUUUUUUUUUCUUUCUUUUAAUACUAAAAAGUUCUUAUUUCUUGUCUGUGCAGAAAUUCGCGAAUAACUUUAGUAUUAUUUAAUAGAAUACACAUUAUAACAUUUUGAUAGCGAUACGCUAACAAAAUUUAGGUUAAUGGCUAAGAAUUGAAUUUCGAAUCAAUUACUACGGAACUAGUAAGUUCUGGUAGAAAUGAAUUAUCUUAAUUUUAACGCGUGCAAAUUUGCCUUAAGUAAUGAAGUCAUUAGAAUAAUCUCUCUCGUAACAAUGUCCUAAUUAAUGUCACCAAAGUGGUGUACAAAAACAUGCUUGCUUUUCACUGAUAAUUCUUUGUCGUUAACAUGUUCAAUUUUAAAUAUAAUGAAUUCAGAUCACAUAUUAAUCUUUUAUGCAAAUCACUCACUGAACUUUUUCUUGUCAUUGUUUUUGAUCAAUUGGAAAUGAGUUUCCUCUUUUAUUAUAGUUAGAGGAAUAUUAAAAAAAAAAAACUUAUAAAUAUCUUUACAACAUUAACAAUUCCAACAACCUUCCAAUUUUAAUUAUCCUAUAUAUUGAAUAUUUUGAUUUUAAAGUUUCUUAUACAUAUAUUCCUACUCGUUAUUUCCCAACUCUUUUGUUGAUAGUUAAUGCUGGCAACCCUACGAUAGCACAGUAAGUGUACCCAAAAUCAGCAUCCAAACGGAUGCGCGGUGUUCAUUGACUCCGUAGAAAUGAAAUAAAAUUUUAUUUACAUACCUACUUAAAUGUUACAAUAACCCAGUGUGAUAAUGUCAGUUUUUUAUUUAAAUAAUCGUUGAUAACCUUAGGGGCUUUUUAACUAGGCGCGGAUAAGUAGGUGAGCUCACGGGCUCAACCUGAGAGAAUCUGCUAACACUGGUUCCAGCAAGAGUAGUGCUUCGCUCAAUCUACCACUGGAUAAGAAUCGCGACACAUUGAAAAGAUGUCGAGUAUGAUCAGUGACGUCCUGAGUAUAACCUACUAUACAAACCCAGGAGGUGUUUUUCUUUUACACCCUAAUAUUUUAUUUUAAUAAAUAAUAACGUUUUUACUUGAAAACAAAAAUGAAAUUAAAAAGAAUAAAUAUAUUUUGUUGCAAAUACCUACUUUAUUUAAAACUUUCUCUCCGUCUAUCCAAGAAGAUACGUACAUAUUUAUUUAAAACCCUAAUAGCAUCUAUCAAUAGAUGAAUUUUAAAAAGGCCUUAAAUUUAUUAUGUAAACUAAUGUUUAAAAAAACUGAGUGAAAUGAAUAAAAGAUUUUUAUGUGAAUACAUUCGAUAUUUGAAUACAGAACAAAAUAUUUUUUUUUGUAAAGUCUAAAGUGUCACCUCCACACUGCCUUCGAAUGAGAUUAACGACUAGUUACGACGAAUGUUCCGCUGUGCAUUGCUCUUCGCGCUUCGUGUGUCAAUAAACGAUGUGGAAAUGC